AUGGAAACCGACUUUUUUCCUCUUUUCACAAAGCAUAAUUCCUUAUCAGAACUAUCUGAUGGCGUUUCGCUUCGUUACGAUUCUAAAAAGGGAAGACAUGGAGUGGCUACUCGAGACAUUCCGUGUGGUGAAGUUGUAUGUGUGGAUGAAGGCAAAGUGGUGAACCUUGAUGAAAACCUAUGCUGUUACUGUUUAGCGAGUCUUCCCACAGACUGCAAGACUACAUAUUGCGAGUCUUGCACCAAAAAUGAAGAGCUUUACGGAUGCAUAGAACGGUCAUUUGCUAAUCAGUUGAAGGAACUCGGUAUGUUCCGAUUAGCAAUGCAUCUUGUCCUUUCAUAUCCUCCCGAUGAGAUUUUAUCCUGCUUGAAAAGCGGAGAUUUCCCACAAGUUUCUGGAGCAGCAGAGGUGUUGGACAUGGAUGCUAUGAAAUCAUCCGUUGUAGCUGCACUUUCUCUGCAAACAGAUGAUUAUCCUGUUGAUUUGUCAGCGACAGAUUCGCUGGUGAAGGACAUAGUUGGCUGUUUGGACAAGCAUCCUUCAUGGAAAAUGAUCCCACGUGGUCGUCGACCUGCAUAUUUUCGAACUCUUUUGAAGCUCAUCUCUGCCAGGCUCAUGAGAAACGCCCAUUCUAUAUACUUUGUGGAUAGCUUGGAAAGGCAUGCUGAGGGAGCAAUACCACCUAUGCCGUCUGGCGUUGGCCUCUUCCCAAUUGCUUGCUGUUUUAAUCAUUCCUGUCGUGCAAAUGUGAAUAGCUUUUUUUAUAAAAAUAAAUUGAUCUUCAUCAGUAUGGGUAUAAGAAAAGGUGAAGAAAUAUGCGAUAAUUAUGGUGCUUCAUUUUUCAAACAAACGAGGCAAGAACGUGCUGGCUUUCUAGCUGGCCGUGGAUUUACUUGUGAAUGUCCGACUUGCUUGACAGACGACUCUAUCGACGACAAGUUGGAGCCUAUCAUAGAGCAUCCUGAUCUGAUCCUGAAGUCGCUGCCAAAUGUGAAAGAUUAUAGACAAUACCGAAAUGCACUGCCUGAUGGACACAAGAUCAUUGAAACAAUAGCUGAGAUGUACGUAGGAUCCGUAGGCGGGAAUGAACCAAAAGAGCGAUCGUUUUUGUAUGGAGAAGUGCUGGAAUGUCAGCGAAAGCGUGGUUUACACUUCUCUCCAGAGCAAAUAAGGAUACUAUUGAACUGCGUUCUUGCUGACUAUGAUGCAGCAUGUAAAACACCACGCAAGAAGCAAAAACAUAUGGAGAACAUGCAAGUACAUCUAUUUGGCGCUCUGGUAAGGAUGCGAACUUUCUAUGGGAAAUUGUACCCGGCUUAUGACGCUGCUAAGGCGCUAGCGGAUGAGCUGAUCGAAAUGGAAGGAACCAAUACGCUAAAGAAUCUAAGCAAUGCUAUUGAAAAACUGCGCGCUAUUGUGGAAGAUUUGAAACCAGGCUUACCAAUGCUUGAGUAGCUGACUUUAAAGCAAGUAAUCAGUGUUUUGAGUUUAUGAAAGAAAACCGGUUUAUUUCUUGUACAUUCUGCAAUUUUUAUGGGCGACCAUCUCAGCUUUCGCACGGG